CCCAAAUCUCAAAAGCUCUCUCCUUUUUGGUUUGCCAAAGAAAUGGAGAACCCAACAAACAAAACCCACCUUUUAAUUCUCAUCUUUGCAAUAAUAAUCUCUUGCUUUCUUUGCUUAUCAUCAUCAGACUCAGUCUCAGCAAUAUUAUUAUCUGAUGAUGGUGAUGAAGGGUUCAGUUAUGAUCCAUGUAGUGAGAGAGGGCCUAAGCAUUGGGGAGAUCUUAAGGAAGAAUGGGCAAUGUGUAAAAAUGGCAAAAUGCAAUCUCCCGUAGCUUUGUCUUUUUGGAAUGCAAGAUUCACAAAAGUUUUUGGUCAUCAGCUCACCAGAAACCACUGGCCUGCUAAUGCAGUUCUAAAAAACAAUGGCCAUGGAGUUGUUGUUGAAUGGGGAGGAGAUGCUGGAUCAAUCAAGAUCAACGACAUCUAUUACAAUCUAAGAAAUUAUCAUUGGCAUCAUCCUUCUGAGCACACCAAAGAUGGAAAAACGUACCCUUUGGAGCUUCAUAUGGUACACACCAACAUGGUGACUGGUAACAUAGCUGUUAUAGGCGUCUUAUAUGAGUUUGGUCCAUCUGAUCCACUCCUCAGUUUGAUAGAAAAGGACUUAAAACGUCUCAACAUCGAAGGAGGUGAGAUAUGGCUUGGACCAGUGGAUCCUAGACUUGUAUGGCUUCGUAGUUUGAGUGAUAAAUAUGCGGGAUACAUGGGAUCACUCACCACUCCUCCUUGUACGGAAGGUGUCAUUUGGACUGUAAUGGAAAGGGUUCAUACUGUCUCACCAGACCAACUCGAACUUCUUAAACAGGCCGUUGUGGAGGAGAAUAUUGCGAGGCCACUGCAAGACGUUAAUGGUCGACCCGUUUGGUACUAUAACCCCUUGUUGAGGAAGAGUGCAGCCGAUCAGUAGAUGGUUAUGGCGAAUACCAAAUUCCCACAAAAUGGCAUUACUAAACACUUACUUAUGUAUUAAAUAAAAUGCCCAAGUUGUAUUACUGUUUAAUUAGUUGUGUCAAUCUUCUUCCAGCUUUUCUUUUGGUUGUGAUUUAUUCCAACCAUGCAUAUUUUUAUCUAAGUGUGACAUGGA